UGCUUUUUUUUUUUUUUUUUUUUUUUUAACAAUGGCGGUUCCCGGAGUGGGUCUCCUAACCCGUUUGCACCUAUAUGCCCAGAGAAGAACUCGGGUCCAGCGGCCUGUCCUCAGGCUUUUGAGUUGCCCGGGAACUGUGGCCGAAGACCUCAGGAGAGACGAGCAGCCUUCGGGGAGCAAGGAGACAGGUGAUGGCGCCGUGGUCUCGGUUUGCUCUGUAGCCCAGUCCCACAGCGGACGAGGGAAGGGGGAAGAGUCUGGGAUCCCGGGCGAACGCGUGGUCUGUGGAAACGGUCUUGGGCCCUUUGGCUUUGAAGACAAGAUUCCCAAAAAGAGAUUCUCUGAGAUGCAAAAUGAAAGACGAGAACAGGCACAACGGACUGUUUUAAUACACUGCCCAGAGAAAAUCAGUGAAAAAAAGUUUCUUAAAUAUUUAUCCCAACAUGGAUCUAUUAAUAAUCAUUUCUUCUAUGAAAGCUUUGGUCUCUAUGCUGUCGUAGAAUUUUGCCAGAAGGAAAGUGUACGUUCACUGCAGAAUGAGACUCACGCUCCAAGCAAGGGCAUGGAGGUGGCAAUUCCAUUCAGAUCACGUUUCUUCAAUCUGAAGUUGAAAAACCAGACAUCUGAACGGUCACGUGUGCAGAUGAGUAAUCAGUUGCCACCUUCAAGCAAGAAGCUUUUUGAAGUACUUUGUGAUGCAGAAAAUAUUGAUGAUCAGCUGAACACUCUCUUGAAGGAGUUCCAGCUAACAGAGGAGAACACUAAGCUUCGAUAUCUCACCUGUUCUCUUAUUGAAGACAUAGCAGCUGCUUAUUUUCCCGACUGCAUAGUCAGACCCUUUGGCUCCUCAGUGAAUACUUUUGGGAAGUUAGGAUGUGACUUGGACAUGUUUUUGGAUCUCAAUGAAACCAGAAGCCUCAGCACUCACAAGACCUCAGGAAAUUUUCUGAUGGAAUUUCAAGUGAAAAAUGUUCCUUCCGAAAGAAUUGCAACUCAGAAGAUCCUGUCUGUGAUAGGAGAGUGCCUUGACAACUUCAGCCCUGGUUGUGUGGGUGUGCAAAAAAUAUUAAAUGCUCGGUGUCCGCUCGUGAGGUUCUCACACCAGGCCUCUGGAUUGCAGUGUGAUUUGACUACGAACAAUAGGAUUGCCUUGACAAGUUCUGAACUCCUUUAUAUAUAUGGUGCCCUAGACUCAAGAGUGAGAGCCUUAGUGUUCACUGUACGAUGCUGGGCUCGAGCACAUUCACUAACAAGCAGUAUUCCUGGUGCAUGGAUUACAAAUUUCUCCCUUACAAUGAUGGUCAUCUUUUUUCUCCAGAGAAGAUCACCCCCUAUUCUUCCAACACUGGAUUCCUUACAAACUCUAGCAGAUGCAGAAGAUAAAUGUAUAAUAGAAAGCAACAACUGCACAUUUGUUCGUGACUUGAAUAGAAUUAAACCUUCAGAGAACACAGAAACGUUAGAAUUGCUACUGAAGGAAUUUUUUGAAUAUUUCGGCAAUUUUGCUUUCAAUAAAAAUUCCAUAAAUAUUCGACAGACCGAGUUUUGCCCUUGUCACCCCAGGCUGGAGUGCAAUGAAUGUCACAAUCUCAGCUCACUGCAACCUCUGCCUCCUGGAUUCAAGCCAUUCUCCUGACUCAGCCUCCCAAGUAGCUGGGAUUACAGGUACAUGCUACCACACCUGCCUAAUUUUUGUAGUUUUAGUAGAGUCGGGAUUUCACCCUGUUGUCCAGGCUGGUCUCAAACUCCUGACCUCAGGUAAUCCACCUGCCUUGGCCUUCCAGAGUGCUGGGAUUACAGGUGUGAGCCACUGCACCCGGCCUCUGUGGAGUAACUUUCUAUUUAAGAAGCAAGUAAGGCCUGGGUGUGGCAGUGCACGCUUGUAGUCCCAGCUACUCGGGAGGCCAAGGCACAAGGAUUGCUUGAACCUGGGAGGCAGAGGCUGCAGUGAGCGGAGAUUGGGCUACUGUACUCCAUCCUGGGCAACAGAGCAAGACGCUGUCUCAAAAAAAAAAAAAAAGAAAAGUAGUGUAGUGUUUAAAAAGAGACUUGAGCCAGACUGGCUCCAUGGCAAGUUACUCAGUCUCCUGGGGCCGCUGUUUCAUCUGUAAAAUGUGGACCAUUGUCAGAUCAUUGUGAGGAUUAAGCGAGGGAUGGAGGUGUGUAGUAAAUGUUACUUCUCUUUAACUUACCUUUCGGUGUUUGUGGCAUCUAAUUAUCUUUUUUGCUACUCAAAUUCAGAUUUAGAGUUUGUAGUACUUAAAAAAAUUUCCUAUUUAAAUUUUAUGUCAGGAAUUGUAAUGGGUUUUGCUUGGGAUGUUUUAAGAAACAGUAAUAGCAUCAUUACAAAGCAAAUGAAUUCUGUGUCCUUGGGGCUGUGCUAUUGGAUUUCACAUUUGAUAGCAGCAAACAUCAGUGUUCUCUACAGGCAAUGCCCUUAAAAGUCAUUUUAAUUUGUUCUUUAUUUUUUUGGGCUAAAAAUCCAUAUUGAUUUAAAAAGCAUUAACCACUUAAGGGUUUCUAAAUGAAUGUUUUUUCUUCUGUUCACAGAUAUUUAAUCAGAUAUUUUCUUUUUUAGGUUGGUGCUAGGUAUAAAAUGGUUAUUUAAGCACAUAAAGUAUGUGUAUGUGUUAGCAUUUUCUUUUUGGUAAUUUGUAGGACAACCAUGACAUUAAGCUGUUUUACUUUUCAGAAUCAGAUUUAAUUAUGUGAUUGAUUUUAAAUCCACAAAGACCUUUAUUUAUUUUUUUUGGAGAGGGAGUCCCACUCUUGUCACCCAGGCUAGAAUGCAGUGGUGCAAUCUUGGCUCACUGCAACCUCUGCUUCCCAGGUUCAAGCAAUUCUCUUGCCUCAGCCUCCCAAGUAACUGCAAUUACAGGUGCCCACCACCAUGCCUGGCUAAUUUUUGUGUGUUAGUGUUAGUAGAGACGGAAUUUCACCAUGUUGGCCAGCCUGGUCUCGAACUACUGACCUCAAAUGAUCCACCCACCUUGGCCUCCCAAAGUGCUGGGAUUACAGGAGUGAGCCACUGCACCUGACCUACAAAGACCUUUUUUUUUUUUUUUCUGAGAUGAUGGGUCUUAGUGUCACCCAGUCUGGAAUACAGUGGAGUGAUCUUGGCUCAUUGCAACCUCCACCUCCCUGGUUCAGGUGAUUCUCCUGCCUCAGCCUCCCAAGUAGCUGGGAUCACAGGCUCAUGCCACCACACCCAGCUAAUUUUUUUUUUUUGAGACGGAGUUUCGCUCUUGCUACCGAGGCUGGAGUGCAAUGGCGCAGUCUCGGCUCACCGCAACCUCCCCCUCCUGGGUUCAGGCAAUUCUCCCGCCUCAGCCUCCCGAGCAGCUGGGAUCACAGGCAUGUGCCACCAUGCCCAGCUAAUUUUUUGUAUUUUUAGUAGAUACGGGCUUUCACCAUGUUGACCAGGAUGGUCUCAAUCUCUUGACCUCAUGAUCCACCCGCCUCGGCCUCCCAAAGUGAUGAGAUUACAGAUGUGAGCCACCACACCUGGCCACAAAGACCUUUUAAUACACAGUUUUAAAGUUUAUUUAACUGAAUAUAGACUAUAGACAAAUAUAUUUUCUCAUAACUUUAGUGUAUUGUACCCAUAUUUUUUUGUUGUUGUUUGUUUGUUUUUUUGAGACGGAGUUUCACUCUUGUUACCCAGGCUGGAGUGCAAUGGCACGAUCUCGGCUCACUGCAACCUCCGCCUCCUGUGUACCCCAGAUUUUAAAAAAUAUUUUUAUUACAUGAUAAUGAUAACUAGCAAUUAUUUGUCACUGCCAUUUCCUAAUUAAAAAUAAUUGCAAUGAUAAGGAAAACUUUUUUCAAGUUUUCUUUUCUAACUAUUACUAGGCUUUCAUUCAGUAACUUUCAGCUACAAUGAGUUUUAUUAAAUAUGUGAAAGUAAUUUUGAUAUGAGACUAGACAGAUCAAGUCGAUUUCAGCUAUAGCCCACUAGGAUAAUUUCUGGAGCUAUUACCCAUCUUUAGAAAAUUAGAGAAUUGACCAGAGACUUUCUAGGAAAUAGCGAUUAGCCUGAGACAUUAUAGGAAAACAGUGUGUAAUUAUCUCAUUCACCAAGCCUUCGGUUACCAUAAAGGAGAAGGGAAAGAAAGUUGAAAUGA